AUGAAUUACCAAGAAAGUUUAGCCCGUCUCAACAAAGAAAAGAAAGAACUGGAAGAAAAAGUCGGCACCGUUUCUCCGAGUAGUGGCGAUGAGUCCAGCCAAGUAAGAUUUGAAAGGGAAAAAUUAGAAUUAGUUAAGAAAUUAAUUAAAGGCUAUUCGCAAAGUUUUGCGGAGGAAAUCAGCGGGGAAAAAAUGGAUCAAGUAUUUAAGGAGGUUUACGGUUUUGAAAAACAAAAAGAGGAAGCCAAGACGAUUUUGCUUCUGCAAAAAUAUUUCCAAGCGAAAGGUAUCAAAGACCCCGAAGCCGGAAAAAUUUUAUGUUUUGUAGGUCCGCCGGGAACCGGCAAAACUCACUUUUCCCGUGAAUUUGCGAGGGCGAUCG